AUGUCGGACCGCGAGACUGGAGGCAUACCGGGAUCCGACGAGGACCUGUCGCUGCCGAAGGCGACCGUUGCUAAAAUGAUCGCAGAAUUAUUGCCUCGUGACGUGUCGUGCGCGAAGGAGACGCGAGACUUGGUGAUCGAAUGUUGUGUAGAGUUCAUACAUCUAAUAUCCUCGGAGGCCAACGAAAUCUGUGAGAAGGAGUCGAAGAAGACGAUUGCGCCCGAACAUAUUAUUUCGGCGCUGAAGCAUCUCGGAUUCGAGUCGUUCACUGAAGAGGUGCAGGAUGUGUUGAAGGAUCACAAGCAGCAGCAGAAGGACCGGGAGAAGAAGGUAUCGAAGCUCGAACAGUCUGGCCUCACGGAGGAGGAACUCCUCAAGCAGCAAGAAGAGCUCUUCGCAGCCAGCCGCGCGCGGUUCCAAUCUGCCCAGCAGUAA